AUGAAAUUAGAAUGGCUAUUCCUCACGAUUGCUCCUUGUGAUGCUGCGGAACCAUGGCAAUUAGGAUUUCAAGACGCAGCAACACCUAUGAUGCAAGGAAUAAUAGACUUACAUCACGAUAUCUUUUUCUUCCUCAUUCUGAUUUUGGUUUUCGUAUCACGGAUCUUGGUUCGCGCUUUAUGGCAUUUCCACUAUCAAAAAAAUCCAAUCCCGCAAAGGAUUGUUCAUGGAACUACUAUCGAGAUUCUUCGGACCAUAUUUCCUAGUAUCAUCCCGAUGUUCAUUGCUAUACCAUCAUUUGCUCUGUUAUACUCAAUGGACGAGGUAGUAGUAGAUCCAGCCAUGACUAUCAAAGCUAUUGGACAUCAAUGGUAUCGGACUUAUGAGUAUUCAGACUAUAACAGUUCCGAUGAACAGUCACUCACUUUUGACAGUUAUACGAUUCCAGAAGAUGAUCUAGAAUUGGGUCAAUUACGUUUAUUAGAAGUGGACAAUAGAGUGGUUGUACCAGCCAAAACUCAUCUACGUAUUAUUGUAACACCAGCUGAUGUACCUCAUAGUUGGGCAGUACCUUCCUUAGGUGUCAAAUGUGAUGCUGUACCUGGUCGUUUAAAUCAGAUCUCUAUUUCGGUACAAAGAGAAGGGGUUUACUAUGGUCAGUGCAGUGAGAUUUGUGGAACUAAUCAUGCCUUUACGCCUAUCGUCGUAGAAGCUGUUCCUAGUAAAGAUUAUGGUUCUCGGGUAUCCAAUCAAUUAAUCCCACAAACUGGGGAAGCUUAA